GCCCAAGGUCCCGCUAUUCUUAGAGCGUAUAACGCUAGGAUUUCAAACUGGCUUCGUCCUACUUUUAGGCGUGCCCGAACUAGCGGGGUAAAGCCUGGAUGGUGUUCGGAUGAGGUGUGGGCUAACCUCGUCCGUCACUGGUCUUCUGAUCCAAACUUCUUGGCAAGAAGUCAAUCCGGUAAGAAAAACCAGAUGUCCGACAAGGCCUUAGAAACCCAAUGGCAUGGGGGCCGCAAACCUCAAAGUAGACAUAAAGAAGAUCUUUCAGGGCCUGAGAAGAAGAAGGUCUCAAUUCUCAAGGUCAUCAAGCACUGCUGGACAAAGCACGGCGAUGAGUCCGAUGCCGAUCUGCCACCCCGCCUCGCUGAAAUCGAAUCGAAGUAUAACACAAAUGUUGAGAAGAGGCGGGCAGAAUUAGGCUUGACUCAGGAGUCAGGAGGAUGAGAUUGAUUCUGAUGUGGAGGAUGAUACCAUCUUUGAGGCAGUUGGGGUGUACAAGGGCCGGGUCCCGUGCAUGGGGGCUGAGGGGCAACGGAUCUUGUACGACCGCAACGGCACUUCAUCUUCCCGAUCAAGGCGCGGAGAGGAUCCGCGUAUCGCUCAAAUGCAGCGGGAGAUGGAGGAGCAGCAGCGGGCCUUGGAUGAGCAGCAGCGUUGCUUGGAGGAGCAACGCAAAAAAGAAGAAGAAACAAGGGCCCGGCUAGAAGCGAUGGAACGGAUCCUCAGCGCCGGAAUUCGGAA